AUGAAGGUCACCCUGGUGCUGCUGGCAGUGGCAGCUCUGUGCCUGGCAUUUUCCACUGCAGAUGCUGCCACACAGAAUGAGGUGGACUGCAGUGAGUACAAGAGGCUGGAGAGGGGGAGGCCCAUUUACUGUGAGAGGCUCUACCAACCCUUCUGUGGCUCUGAUGGCAAAACCUACAACAACAAAUGCUCCUUCUGCAAGGCUGUGCUGAGGAGCAGAGGGGCCCUGCACAUGAAGCAGGCAGGAGCGUGCUGA